CACACAAGGUUCAAUUUGAGUACCUUAAGCAGACGCAGUAAUUAAGGCUCCACUCAAUAAAAUGACCGAAUGUAUUUGAAAUUACUCCUUAUCGCGCUUAUCACACAUGUACCAUCAACUCGCAGUUCUAGGGUUGGUUUUACUCUUAACAUAUUUAAGUCAAUCGAGUCCAUAUCAUUUAGCAGUCAAGCUAUGGAGAAUAAUUAUUUACGUAUUCUUUCGAGAAGUCAAAGCUAGGGGUACCUACAACAUCCCAAAGGACAAUACACCAGUAAUAUUCGUUGCUGGACCGCAUCACAACCAGUUCUUAGAUGGUUUACUACUCUCUUCAGAGGUUUUGAGAGCUUCCAAUAGGAAACUCAGCUUUCUCGUUGCAGAAAAGUCGAUGAAAAGAAUUUUUGUAGGAGACAUGGCGAAAGCAAUGGAAGCUAUACCAGUUAAGAGAGCUGCUGACGAUGCUAAGCCUGGAAAUGGUACUAUAUACAUGAAAUCUGAUCAACCUUCAACUCACAUUUAUGGUAUAGAUACCAAAUUUACUACACAACUCGAAUCAAAGAUGUCAAUCAGUCUUUCUUCUUCUCUAGGUGGUGCGCAUGCUGAAGUAGCUACAGUUAUUAGUGAUACUGAACUAGUUUUACAAAAGGAAUUUAACAAGGAACAAUCGCGAAAGGUAUUACUUUCUGCUGGUGACGCAAACGUUGAUCAUGCAAUCAAUUACAAAGUAUUACCAUAUAUAGAUCAACAGAAUAUGUAUGACUCCGUAUAUAAACGUCUUGAAGAUGGUGGUUGUAUUGGUAUCUUUCCUGAAGGUGGAUCUCACGAUAAGACUGAUUUACUCCCUCUUAAAGCCGGUGUUACAAUCAUGGCUCUCGGUGCAAUGUCCAACAACCCUAACCUUAAAGUAAAAAUCGUGCCAGUAGGUCUGUCUUACUUCCAUGCGCACAAAUUUCGCUCAAGGGCAGUCAUUGAAUUUGGUACCCCUCGAGAAGUAUCACGUGAUUUGGUAAAUCUCUUCAACGAAGGUGGUUUAAGCAAAAGGAAGGCAUGUGGCGAGCUUUUGGACACUAUAUACAAUGGUCUCAAAAGUGUGACAGUUCAAGCACCCGAUUACGAAACUUUAAUGGUUAUUCAAGCUGGUAGAAGGUUAUAUAGUGCUCCAGGUCAACAUCCGACCCUUGGUCAAGUUGUAGAACUCAAUAGAAGGUUCAUUUCAGGCUAUCUCGAGUAUAAAGAUGAGCCAAAAAUAAAGCAACUCAGGAAUAAGGUGUUGAAAUACAAUAGACGUUUACAAGAUUUAGGUAUUAGAGAUCAUCAGGUUGAUAGCGCUACGAAAUCAUUCUGGAAAGCUGCUGGUUUGUUGUUCUAUCGUAUGGAAUUGCUUUUUGUUUGGGGUACCUUAGCACUCCCUGGUGCUCUCUUACAUUUGCCCGUGUUUUUUACUGCGAAGUGCAUCUCUAAAAAGAAGGCGAAAGAAGCAUUAGCUGCAUCAACGGUAAAAAUCAAGGCUCGUGAUGUAGUUGGUACUUGGAAAGUACUUGUGUCACUCACGCUUCUUCCAAUGAUUUAUCUCUUCUACAUCAUAAGUGCUACAAUUAUCACCAGAAAAUAUGGUAAAUUGCUUGGGUUGUCGGAUGAAGUGAUUAAUUGGACACCACUUUGGACAUUAUGUGUACUUCCAUUCCUAGGAAUAUCGGCUCUCAAGUUUGGUGAAGUUGGUAUGGACGUCUAUAAAAGUUUACCACCUUUAUUCCUUACUUUAUUACCUGGAAAGGAAAAUGAAUUAGAAAAGUUAAAAAGUAAAAGGAUCGCUUUAUCAAAUGAGCUCACUGAUAUUAUUGAAGAAUAUGGACCAAAGCAAAUAGAACACUUUGAAAAGAAGCGGGUUCUGUCGUCUCAUGAAUCACAACAGAAGGAACCUUCCACAACAGGAAACAAUCAAACGACAAUGCAGUGGCUAGACGAAAUGCUGUUUGGAUGGUCAGCAACAAAAAAAGCUGAUGAAAACUCGAACCCAAGUUCUAGGGAUGAUGAAAGCAGCACCGGUGAAGAAAACUAUGAAACGGUUGGAGAAGCAGGUGAUUUCGAUGCUGUUGCAUCAUUUCUUGAAGCCAAUGCAAAUUCCAACAAACUUUAGAAAUUAAGAUUUAAGCAACAUAGGGAUAGUAAUAUAGAUAGUUCGCACUCAUACCAUUUUUGUAAUGUGAUAAUACCAAUCCUUAAUGAAUUUGAUGCUACAAAAUGAAUUAUGGGAAUCUUCUAAAUGACAUAUGAGUAGUGAUAAUGUAUUGUUUAUUUCAAUCGUUCUUUGAGAGCGAUUGUAAUGCAACCAGUUCAGCAUAAAGUCCACCUUUUUCUUCGAUGAGCUCCUGGUGAGUGCCAGCUUGACUGACUCUACCAUCUUUGAAGACAUAUAUCCUAUCUGCCUUUUGUAUGGUUGAAAGUCUAUGGGCAAUUGCAAUAGUUGUUCUUCCUGAAGCAACCUUGUCUAAUGCAGCUUGAACGACAGCCUCGCUCGUCUGAUCGAGGGCGCUGGUAGCCUCAUCGAGGAGCAGAAUCUUUGGUUUUCGUAUGAGCGCUCUAGCGAUGGCAAUACGCUGCUUUUGUCCUCCCGACAAUUGUGUACCUUUACCACCGACUUGCGUCUCAAACCCAUCUGGAAGACCUUUGAUGAAGUCGAGUAUGUUGGCGUCUGCACAUGCAUCCUCCAGUUCCUGUUGAGAUAUUUCCUCAUGUGGUUUUACAGCACCCAUGAUAAUGUUAUACUUUAUUGUACCACCGUAGAGCGUUGGUUCUUGGGAAACUAGUGCCAUGUGUGAUCUGAGAUUGUUCAGGUUGAGAUCCCUCACUUCGUGACCAUCAAGCUUGACUGAACCGCAAACAGCAUCAUAGAAUCGUUCAAUGAGCUGAAUAGUAGUGCUUUUACCGCAACCAGAUGGACCAACUAAUGCGACGUAGCUACCUGGUUUGAUCUCUAAAUCAAGUGAACGCAAUACUGGUACAUCAGAACGAGUUGGAUAUCUAAAAUGAACGUUCUCAAAUGUAAUGUGACCUUCGAUUGUCUCAAGGUGCUUGCCGUCUUUGUUGUCAUGUUCUACCUCGAUCUUGUCAACGCGUUCUAACAAUUUCAAAAUUCGUGUGGCACCACCUCUUGCGCUGCUAAUGUCGGGAACAUAAGUGAAUACUCUUGAUGCCAAAAUUGUAGAGAAAAUUACGCUCUCAAGGGUUACGUAAAAUGAUUGCAAAUCCAUCGAAAGAUCCAUAAGCCAUAAUGCACCGACGUAAAACACUAAUGCAAUACAACCAAAACUCAACGCUUGUCCUAACGCAUAUGCUGCACUUCUCCAGACACCAGAUUUGAUGGAAGUGGUGUAAGGUUUUAAGAGAAGAUUAUCAUAAUAAGCAAGAACACUGUCUUCUCGAGUAAGUGCUGCAACAGUUCUAAUAGCUCCUGACGCCUCACAUGCCAUAUUUGCACUCUCUUCGUACGCUUUUCUGUUGUACUUGUCCUUAAGAGUUACAACUUUGAGUUCUGUGAGACCAGCCGCGAAAGUGAGUGGAAUACAUGCGGUACCAACGAGACCCAAUUUCCAACUAUAUCCAAGAGCGACGGCAACUCCAAUAAUAACUGUCCAGAGGCAUUGCAUGACACUUCCAGAGGAGAGCCCCGCCAAUCCUUGUACUUUACGUGCAUUAUCAGCCAAACCUGAGCAGAGAACGCCUGUGUUGUUUUCCUUUUUAUCAAAGUAUUCGACAUCAGAACGUAGUAGUUUCUUGAAAGACUCAUGUCUUAAAUUGAAAGUGAGCUUCUCUCCUGAUUUCUGCAUACAGUAGUUUUGAACAACAAGGGCAAUACCAAUUCCUAAAGCAAUGAUGAAAAACCAUAGGGAAUCACGGUCGGUUGUAC